AGAAGACUGCUCUUUGCCUACAAUAACAUCUGGUUUGCCUGCAACUUAUUGGCUGUUUCCAAUGAUCUGACAGCCCGGGCAUUUCACGCAUCGGCGGAGCUGAGCUCGCUGUGCUUCCCAAGCUCCAGCAAUCCUAGCAGCUAAGCUCAUCUUCAACAGCCUCUGUCGACAGGCAGUAAUUCCUAACAUCAUGAGGAGCAUGCAGGCUCUCCUGCUAACGGCUGCUGUUUGCUCUCUCUGUCAAGGCGGCGGCGGCUCGGAGGCCGAGCACCGGCUCUACGCGGCUCUCUUCGAGAACUACAACCAGUUCGUCCGGCCCGUGAAGAACGUCUCGGACCCCGUCAUCAUCCAGUUCGAGGUGUCCAUGUCCCAGCUGGUGAAGGUGGAUGAAGUCAAUCAGAUCAUGGAAACCAACCUGUGGCUGAAGCACAUCUGGAAUGACUACAAGCUUCGGUGGAAUCCAGUGGACUAUGGAGGUGCUGAAUUCAUCCGAGUACCAUCUGGCCAGAUCUGGAAGCCAGAUAUUGUUUUAUAUAACAACGCAGUUGGGGAUUUCCAGGUUGAUGACAAGACAAAGGCCCUAUUAAAAUACACAGGUGAUGUGACCUGGAUCCCUCCAGCCAUAUUUAAAAGCUCAUGUAAAAUCGAUGUAACCUACUUCCCAUUUGACUAUCAGAACUGCACCAUGAAGUUUGGUUCCUGGUCUUACGAUAAAGCCAAAAUUGACUUAGUUUUGAUUGGCUCUACAAUGAACCUGAAAGAUUACUGGGAGAGCGGAGAAUGGGCUAUUAUUAAAGCUCCUGGCUAUAAACAUGACAUCAAAUACAACUGCUGUGAAGAGAUAUAUCCAGACAUCACGUAUUCUCUUUACAUUAGGCGUUUACCUUUGUUCUACACUAUCAAUAUGAUUAUUCCAUGUCUAUUGAUUUCUUUUCUGACUGUGUUAGUUUUCUAUUUGCCUUCAGACUGCGGUGAGAAGGUGACACUCUGCAUAUCAGUCCUCCUAUCUUUAACAGUGUUCCUUCUUGUUAUUACAGAAACCAUACCUUCUACUUCCCUGGUAAUUCCACUUAUUGGGGAAUACCUCCUUUUCACCAUGAUAUUUGUAACUCUAUCUAUUGUCAUUACAGUCUUUGUACUUAACGUGCACUACAGGACACCCAAGACACACACAAUGCCCGUGUGGGUGAGAACCAUUUUCUUGAACUUACUUCCCAGGAUCAUGUUUAUGACAAGGCCUGCCAGUGAUGAAGAGAAUAACCCGAAGCCAAAACCAUUUUUCACUUCUGAGCUCUCAAACUUAAAUUGCUUCAACAGUUCUGAAACCAAAUGCUGCAAAGAUGGCUUUGUAUGUCAAGAUAUGUCAUGCAGCUGUUGUCAGUACCAGCGAAUGAAGUUCUCUGAUUUCAGUGGCAAUCUCACAAGAAGUUCAAGCUCUGAGUCUGUAGAUCCUCUGUUUUCGUUUUCAGUUCUGUCACCAGAAAUGAGAGAUGCUAUUGAAAGUGUUAAAUACAUUGCAGAAAAUAUGAAAAUGCAGAAUGAAGCAAAAGAGGUAAGAACAUAUUUUACUGUUACUCAAACUGCAGACACCAUUUGCCACAUGUGUUUUGUAAGAAAGAGAUCUAAACCCCCCCCAACACAUACACCCCCAAAGAAAAGAAAAGGACACCACAGACCAUUAUUUUAUACACCUACCCAAGCUGUAUUACAGAUGUGCAGUUUCGAAUCUAGAUCAUUUUGGGGAGCAGCUCUGCUGCACAACAUUCUCUUUAUUGACAACACACAUACUGAGUGAGUCAUGUCAAGGUAACCACCACACUUGAGUAUCUGUCCUACGAGAUUUGGAGUGAGGAUUUUCCCAGUUACAAUCUUAACAGUGGAAUUUGCUGACUAUGGCGUUUAGAAAGUUACAUUCUCCCUUCCAGAGCUUACCAGCAAUAACAAAGAACUUGAGAAUGAAUGUCCUUCACAGUGACGAUGUUUCUUAUUGUGCUGCUGCUGCAGAGGAAGGUGCUGUAGCUGAGACAACUGCUGCAAGACAGGGACCAUCAUCUCUCAUAAAACUCCAUCUUAAGGCAAUGGAAAAAAAAUUGCUUUCUUUCUAUCAUGUUCCUCAAACAUACCAAGAGCAGUAGCCACACCACCACAGCCAUCAAUCAAUUUAAAUCCUCCAUGCUGUAACACUUCAAGUUAGAAUAAAGUUGGUUUGUUUAUGCCAAAAUCAGAACUUUAGAGUAAGUUGGCAUAGGAAACAUGGGGUUGGUUUGGUUGGUUUUUCUAAGUAAGUGUGCCUUAACAAACAAGUUCUAAGUUAAAAAGCACAAAAUUUCAAAAAUAACAAAUGCAUUAUUCAUUUAUAAGCCUUCCUGAAGAAAAAUGAAGUAAAAAUUUAAAUUGUAAUCUCAAGAGUAAUUCAAAUGAUCACCUAAUGUGUUAUAUUAAUAUAUAACAUAUAAAAUAUUUUAGUGUCUCUCCUGUUACAAUGCCCACUGUAAAAUAAAAAAAGAAAAAUCUGGUUUUUGGAGACUUGGUUCCCUCCCUACAUGGAAAGUGAGGAGAUGGAUUUUAUGUCAUGCAUGAUAACAACCAAAUUUCAGCACUACAACUAGUUAUAUACCCAUUAACCUUUGUCUUUUUUAUCACACUCCUUAAAGACCAGUAAAAGCAGCCUCUUUUCUUCAGUAGAGUUUUCUGGGCAAACCUGAUCACCUAUGAAUGUAAAGUUUUCGCUUUCAUUUUUGGCAUACAGAGAGAAGUUGUAUCUCAUGAAGUCCAGUGUCUUGGUGAACAACUUUUUGUACAUGACGAAGUAGCUUUUGGCUUUGCCACAAAUAGCAUAUCCAAAUAAAGCUUCUUCGAGAUGAAUUAAUUUGUCAAUGAAAACAGAGGUAUCAAAGUUGUGUAUAUAUGAAAGACAUCUACACAGGGAAAAAACAUGUGCUUCCUUCCUAAAAUGGUACUAAAUACUGAUGCAAGUUAUUGAUCUAAUAAACAUGCCUACUUGUUCUUCCAUUUAUUUUUCAGAUUCAGGAUGACUGGAAAUACGUUGCCAUGGUAAUUGAUCGCAUUUUUCUGUGGGUUUUCAUCCUGGUAUGUAUUCUAGGAACAGCGGGAUUGUUUUUACAACCUUUGAUGGCUGGAGAUGAAAUGU